AUGAUGGUGCGUAGACUUGAUCACAACUCGCCACGGCAGCCAUCAUCGGCACCCAGCGCUUUCCAAACCUCAUCUAGACCCCGCGCCGAUAUUGGUGGCAGCUUUGCGAGUCGACGCGGUCAUGCGAGCCAGCUGUCAAUUUCAGACCCCAGCCACCAUGUGACGGAGACCAUCGGAACCCUAUACGGCGACGAGGAGUACGACAGCGAUGGCCGACCCGUUAGUUACCUCGGACAGUCCUACACGGAUCAGCUGAACAACAAGCUCGAAUCCGAUCUCCCCGGCGACGAUCCUCGUAGGCAGAUGAUACGUUCAGCAUCGGACAAGACGGGCUUGGGGAUGACGCAAAACGGAUCCCCAACUCUCAAAAAAUCUCAGACUUUGCCUACGCGGUCGCCUAGCCAGCGAAGUAUUUCGUUCGAGAACGGACCCAAAUCGCCGCCUAUCUCCUUGCGAGAUGUCAAGAACGAGUCCUCUCAGUUUCCCCUAGGCAGCAUCGAGAACCCGAAUGAUAUUGCGCAAGAACUCAACAACUUGCAGGCCCUCAGGCGCAUGUCUAUGGAUGUCGGAAACAAUGCGGACCCUGAUAUGCUGCCUUUCUCAGGCCUGUCUCUCAUUGCCAUGCCUCCUAUCGCACCAACGGGGGACGACGACGAAAAUGAUCCCUCGAGGUUACUUUGGGUCCCAGCAGCAGUUCAUCCCGAGCUGGCGCCGACAGAGUUUAAGACCUUCUUGGAGGAUCGCGUCAAGUCUAUUCGGCGACGAUCGGGCGACUCCAGCGACGGUGGUAUGGGCCGAAGCGAUUCUGGCGGCGGCCUGCGAAGGAAAAAGAGCAUGCUCUCACGACAAAUCGACAAUUCUGGGGGGAGAGGCGCCGUUGGUUACGUGGACGGCGCUGAGAGACUCGGAAGAAAUAGCUCGCUCAGAGAUUAUUCAACGCCGGAGCUCAACCUAAACGAACUAGUCAAGGAUCCAUCCAAAGUGGUGCGUGAGCUUUCCGAGGGUGCCCAGCCGGAGGCUGGCGCCGAAGAUUUGCCCAUCUUGCCCGUGGCUCCUGGCAUGGGACUUCGCCGGUCAACCCGGACAACAUACCGAAAAAACGGUAGUGUACGGUCAGAACGCCUGCCAUUCUCCAAGCGGGUCACCAAUCGACACACCCACACGGAUUCGUCUGACUCUGCCGACACGGUCCCCCCUCUGCCAUCUGACGUGCCCGAUGUGCCUCCGUUACCGACGCAGCAAAGAGCCCAGUCAGAGCCAGUGUCUGAGAAUUUCUCGCGUCCCAAUCGAUCAGUCCGACGCCAGCACAAGUUUUCUCAGGAUCUGGGCGCAACGUCCGACGGUGCUUCACCCGAAGUUGAGGAGCCCGUCUCUCCCCCGAGUACACGUCCUGAGCAGCAACACCCGACAAGAACAUCUUCAGUUUCAGCUGAGGCCAAACCCUCCGUUCCUGCCAUCGUUGAGUCGCCAGCGACGGAUGAGAGCGCGCAAAGGCAGCAGUUUCCUCAGAGGUCUUCCUCUUCACAGCAUGCUCCUUCACAGUCCCUCAUGGAUGAGCCUCCCGCUCGUUCAAGCAAGCGCCCUGGUUCAAGCAACUCUGUACCAAGCCCUACAACUCCUACGGCCCCCCAACAGCCGCCACAGGUGCAGCAGCCCAGGCAGCAGACCAAUGCUCCCAACCAGACCUUAAGCGACAUGGCUUCGCACCCAUCUGCCUUACCUGGCAGUGGCGCAUCUCGAACCGAUACGUUGACUUUCAUCCCCACUCUGCAGCCAGAGGAGAAGAAGCCAGAAGAAAAGAGGGUGGAGAGAAAACUGAGAAAGGAAAGAGAUGAUGAUGCCUCCAGCGUAUCCUCCAGCAAAUCUUCCGGUGGCUGGCCGAAGUGGCUCAAGGGUGGUAGCGAUGAUAAGGACAAGAAGAAGAAAGAAGAAGAAAAGAGGAAGAAACAGCAAGUCGCAGAGAAGGGGCAGGACAAUGCUCGACUGGAUGUUCUCCAGAACUCGAUCGAGGGUGCAUCUUCCAAGGGAAGAGAAAGCAUCAUUGUGGACCGCGACAACGUCGACAACAAACUGGUCGAAGAGAGAAAGAAGGAGAGCAAGAAGUCGGAAGCCAAGAAGGAAAAGGAGGGCGGUCUCUUCUCAGGCCUCUUUGGCGGUAGCAAGAAGAAGAGUGAGAAGGAGAGCAGCAGCAAGAAGAACCAACAUCUGCGGGUUUCGGAGGAAGUGCCGUACCGCCCACUCAAGGCUGACGUCGACUACCACUGGACCAGAUUCCCAUUGCUCGAAGAACGAGCGAUUUAUCGGAUGGCUCACAUCAAGCUCGCAAACCCGCGUCGCUCGCUGUUGAGUCAGGUUCUUCUCAGUAAUUUCAUGUACAAUUAUCUCGCCAUCGUUCAGGCCAUGCACCCGCAGAUGCAGGUCCCGCAGUCACCGCAGCAAAGACGACUGGAAGAGGAGCGCCGCCGCAAGGAACAAGAAGAGCAGUACUUGGCGCAACAACAACAGCAGCAGCAGCAGCAGCAGCAAGAGGCGGGGGAUCAAGACUCGGCGGGCCAGUACAAUUUUGAUUAUCAUCGGGGCGAAAACCAGUACGGGGACCAUCCUCACGAUGAGGUGGACUACGUAGAUGAUGCUCAGAUUUAUGAGUACGACCAUGGCGGCGACAUGGACAAUGGACGCAGCAAUGGCUACCAAGGCCCUGAUAGCUAUGAUCCUCAGCCUGGCAAGCAGUAUUAUCACGAUCAGUAUGGGCGAGAUGGCGGCGACGACGUAAGGCGCCGGGACGACCGAGAGGACAUGUGGUGA